AUGUGUGAAUGCGCACGACCCAUUGAUGAUCCAAUAAGCGAAGAGGAGGUUGUCAAACAAGCAAUCGAUGGUUUGGUAAUCAAGAGCAUGAUCCAACGAGACAAGAUUGCGUCGGUUUACUCAACUACCUUGGAAUACGGAUAUCCCAUUCCCACUCCAGCCCGAGAUCCUGAGCUCGCUCGUGCACAUCGUGAGUUGGAAAAGCACUCCAUCUACUCAAGAGGACGUUUCGGUGGUUGGAAAUACGAGGUGUCAAAUCAGGAUCACUGCUUCAUCCAGGGCAAAGAAUUCAUUGACCGUGUGGUACUGAACGAGCCUGAGAAGUUGUACAAGACUGGUCUUGCUGAGAGGCAAGGAUAA